AUGCUACAUCUUCUCUCCUUACACAGGGCCGAGAACGUCCAGCUCGACACCACCUUGCCCAUAAGCGCGGAAAUGUUUGCCCGGCUGGCACGCUCCCAGGAGUUCUACCGGAGCACCAGGGCGGAGACCAAGUUGUCAAAACAGCAGGUGAUGGAGCUCGGUGAUUGGGUGGUCUGGGAGUUCCAGAACGAAGACGAGGAGGCCCCGCGGUCGAGCAGGAACAGCGAGGAGGUGGUGCCCUACCCCCCCCUCGACAGGAUACGCCCGGUAUGCUUGGGCUUGGAGGGCGGCGGGCUGCAGGGGAGACCAGGCAGCCAUCCCAGCGCGACGACCGGCCAGGGGGCACAGCAGACAGCCGUUGUUGCCGACACAAAGAUGCAGAUGGUUCGCAACUUGCGCCGCAUCUACGCCGCGGCCUCCUCGCCCACGCAUUCUCCUCCCCAGCCGGACGGCGCGGGUGCUCAAACGGCAGUGUCGGUCGCGCACAACAUGUUCUCUAACGUUGUCGCACGGCGGCCGGGCCCCUUCCUCCGCCCCCACCGCCACCAACAGCAGCAGCAGCAGCAGCAACGGCAGAGUGAGCCCCAGCAGAUGUACCGCAAGGUCCGCCUCAAGUACGCUGUCUCCUCGCCUAUUGGUUCCUCCCAGAACGAGGGCGCACAGGGACACACGUUGCGCGAGGGCGAGGACGAGGUGACCUACACGGAGACCGAUUGCAUCUCCGGGCUGCCCAUGUUCCGCGGCAACCUGGUCGUCAAGACCACCUUCCGAGUAACCCGAUCCGAGCACGACCCCGAAAACUCCGUCCGAGUCAAGGUUUGCGUGGUCGUGGGAGACGUGAAGCUCUCGAGAGCGAUCGCCUGGCUUAGCAAGGGGGUGAAGUACGCCAUCAGGGACAGCGGCACGAAGCAGGCCGCGAAGACGCUGCAGGACAUGGUCGAAGCCAAGUCCAAGGCGUGGUUGUGA